UUCCAAAUGUGGCUAGUGCGGCGUAAGUUCAGUUUAGGUUUGAUUGAUGGACCGUAGGCGGAAACUAUACGUUGUAAACUUUGUACGAUGGUCGUAAAGGGCUAGUUUUAGAUGUUUAUUUUGCACUCAAGACCCCGAAUCUGUCACCGAGUUUCACAUGUGAAUAUAUCCGUCCUUUGAUAAACUCCAGUUAACGAGCGGAAGACGUGGGUUUAGUCUGAGUUGUCAGUUGAGUUGAGCUAAUGUUUCUUAGCUUAGCGUAUGUGAGGUAAGUUCAGUAUCAGGUGAGUUGAUCUCCUCGAAUCUGAUCUCCGAUUAGCUAGAAUUACUCGAUAUCUGCCGCAUACCGCUGCGGUGCUGGUUGCAAGUCAGUGAUUUAGGGAUGUUAGGGGGAAACGGGGCUGCUAGAGGGGCCGGGCGCUCGGGGAACGGCGCGGGCAUGACUUCUCUACAGGUAGGUAGCACAGUUGGGGCUUUAGGGGCAGUAAACUCCGCCAUGAACUUGCCCGAUGGGCGCAGAUAUGACGACAGGCCGUCAGAUCAUCAGACGGUGCUGAGCGGAUCUGAUGGAGACUCGGACUCUGUCGAGGAUGAGGAGAUUUCCGUGUCGGACAGGAGAGGAGUGAAGCGCGAGAGGAGUGAGAUGGAGGUCGGGGGAUCCUCUGGAGCUAACGCCGGACUGGCUGUUGGAUAUGGGGGGGUUUCCAGCGGGGUGGCUGGAGCAAAACCCGGCAAGAAAACGCGAGGACGGGUGAAGAUUAAGAUGGAGUUCAUUGACAACAAGCUGAGAAGAUACACGACCUUCAGCAAGAGGAAGACUGGCAUUAUGAAGAAGGCAUAUGAGCUGUCCACCCUAACAGGAACGCAAGUUUUGCUCUUGGUUGCUAGCGAGACUGGUCACGUCUACACGUUCGCCACACGGAAGCUACAGCCCAUGAUAACUAGUGAGACGGGUAAGGCCCUCAUCCAAACCUGCCUGAAUUCCCCCGAUUCACCGCCUCGGACCGAUCCUUCCACUGACCAGAGGAUGAGCGCCACAGGAUUUGAGGAGACUGACCUCACCUACCAGGUUUCAGAGGUGGAUGGUCUAACUGAGCCGAAGGACAUGAUGAAACCCACAUAUACUUCUGUUAGUAUACCUGGAGCCACCGGCACCAAUAGCACGACCACCCAGUCUUCGGCAUCUUCCUCUCCCUCGUCAUCCUCGGUCACCAUGCAGACUCAGAGCAGUGCCACCCACUGGCCUAUAUCCGCCCAGAGUGUCUCCAGUGCAAAUGGCACGGUGUUGAAAGCGACAGCUAGUUCGCCCGCUGGGUUGAUGCAGCUGCCCAGCGGAUUCACUCUCAUGCCAGGCACCGCUCUUCCGCCCGGCACACACACCAUUCCCCUCAGUCAGCUGCAGACGCAUUCUCUGGCCAUACAGUGUCCGCAGACGCAAAACAGCCACAUCACGGCUAGCACCACAACCACCGCCGUACCCGCAUACACACAAGCCACCCCACAGACCACGCUCUUCCGUCUGCCCGCCACUGUUUCGCUUACAGGUGGUCCAAUGCCUCAACAGUUACAAGCCAUCCAAGUUCACCCCAGUUCUCAAAGCAGCGAGAGUAGCCCAGAGAUCAGUCAAACCUCCUCCACCUCCACUGCAAGUCACACGGCUACCAUUGUCACUUCCUCAGUGCCUUCUUCAAUGGCAGGUCACAUGAUGUAUCCCGGAGCGCACGUCAUGUAUGCUACAUCCACCCCUACGCUUACCGACGGGGGUUUAACGGUCCUGAAUACCUUCCCACAAGCACCAACAGCGAUGCACGUGUCCCACACAUCGGGCCAAGACUCAGGUGGAGUUCCCCAGAUGUUUCUUACAGGGCCUCCAGGAACCGUACAGAUCCCAGUUUCAGCUGUACCGCUACAUUCGAUGUUGAUCAACCAGCAGCCCAACAGUAACAGCGGCGCCACCCUCACAGAGCUGCGGGUGGUCAAUCUGGACAAUCCCAAAGGAGACUGACGUUGACAAGAAGUCAGGGUGACUGCUCGCUUAUACCGAUUCCUCCUGGGAUCAAACAUGCCAUGCAAUCAGACUGCCAUUAUAUUUAUUACUGCCUUCUCACUGCGUCGGGUUCACAGACCCUUGACACGUGAAUGACGGGACAUUUGAAAGACGAUCGCCUCUUUACGGACUCCAUUCGGUGGGUAGUGUGAUAAUGGAUUAUAUAUGUAUACACAGACAAACAUCUAUACCGAGAUGUCUGCACUAUCGCUGAAGGUUCACCUUUUGCCCAAAGAUUUAGAAAUGUUGACGGGUGGACAGAGAUACUUGAUUGUUGGAUUGAGUCAUUUAAGUUUAACGGUGGUAUUCAAACCUUAUAACUCGCCCCUUGAUAUUUAAGUCAUAUGGGUGAUUAUGUAAUUGCAGGUACAUUUGGUGUCCAAAGUCUUUUUUUAUUAUUUGAAUAAUUUAGUAUUCCAUUGUCAUGGAUCAUGAGAUGUUACAGACGGUGUCUUGUAUAGCCGAAAAUCAUAACCAAGGUAGAGUAAUGUUGACAUUCGUGUGAGUGCAAGCGUGCGUGCGUGCGUACGUUAGCGAGCGUGCAUGCGUACGUUAGCGAGCGUGCAUGCGUACGUAAGCGAGCGUGCGUACGUUAGCGAGCGUGCGUACGUUAGCGAGCGUGCGUGCGUACGUUAGCGAGCGUGCGUGCGUACGUUAGCGAGCGUGCGUGCGUACGUUAGCGAGCGUGCGUGCGUGCGUACGUUAGCGAGCGUGCGUGCGUACGUUAGCGAGCGUGCGUGCGUGCGUACGUUAGCGAGCGAGCGUGCGUACGUUAGCGUGCGUGCGUACGUUAGCGUGCGUGCGUAUGAUAGCGUGCGUGCGUGCGCACGUAUGUUAGCGAGCGAGCGUGCGUGCGUACGUGAACGUGCGUGCGUGCGUACGUGAGCGUGCGAGAGAGAGUCUAUGUAUGACUAUCAUUGUUAUUACAUACUGUCAACACCUUGGUAACAUAGACAGUAUCUGAACUGACAACGACUAAUUCUGACAACAGGAAAUCGUGAUUUUCAGCUAUACAAGACACUUUGUUACUUUAUGGCCUAUAUCUUGUGAUCCAUGACAAUGAGUAACAAAUUAUUAAAAUAAUUAAAAACAUAAACAAUUGAAAAAAAACACCAAUCAUACCUGCAUAUUUAUAUAAUCACUCAAAUAUUUGAGAUCUUGUAUUUUAGUUCAGAUGUUAUGUUUCACUAACACACAUUUUACAUAUACUGUAUGAUUUGUAAAUCAUUUUGCUGUUUAAUGUUACCGAGUAAGUUAUUUUAACAGAAUUUAUAAGACGCUAGGGAGUUACAUACAGCUAAGAAUACGGGAAAGUGAUCAUAAAACUGUUGUUGGGGUGAACUAGCCAUUCAAAUAUAAUUUCUUCUUUCAAUACUUAAUAGGGGGUUUGUGUACAGUUUGAAUACCAUUGUAGAAGAUAGGCCUAUAUCUUAACAUUCAUGCUAUAUCAUUUUUAAAUCUAACUUUACCCUUCAUCUGUGUGGUCUUUAUUUCUCAUUUAUUAGUUAUAAGAUACCUUGAUUAGAUCAUAUAAAUGUGCUGCUAGAAUAAAGUUUUGGGUUCAGAAGGCAUCCACAUUGUAAAAUUAUUGGACAAAGAUCAUUUGUCAUUCCAUGUUGUAAAAUGCUGUGCCAAACUAUAUUGUACAUUGAAACGGAAUGAAUAUUUUGUGGUCGUAAGACAUGCUUUUACACAAUGCUGUAACAGAAAGACACUGACUUGCAUUUGUAAUGCUUGACAAUGUACCUACAGUGAUGAAUACGGUACUGCGCAGUCACAGGUCAAAAAAUGGACGCUUAACAUUGUAGUAGUUACAGCUGGAAAGGUUCAUCAAUUCAAUUGAAUUGUUCUUCGAUUGCCAACUCUUUAUAUGUGCACCCAUAUAUUUUUGUAAGAGUUUGUUAGCGUGUUGUAUUUUUUGAACACUUAAUUAUAUAUAAACCACUUUUUCAAGGACUUUAAUUUGGAUGUCCAAAGGGCUGUAUAUCUUACUAUGGUCUCUGCUAUAUGUACAUUUGACUUGGUUUCGACUACACAGACCACGAAGCCUUGCAAUUUCAUACUGUCGAACAGAUUGACAUGGACCAUUGAAAUACCCAAUGUUUUAGGAAUGGUGUCAUCUCUUCAUUUUGGGGAUGUUCAGGUUGAUGAACCUUAAAAAAAACAGAACAAAAGUGUUUGUGUUGUUCAGUAUUAAUAGUUUUUCUUUAUGCAGGGAAGACUUGCUAGAGUUCUUUGGUUAAUCUUGUCCAGGUCAUUCGAUAAAAACAGAGAAAACUGAAUUUUGCAUAAAUUGCAUUGUGGUAUUAUUAUCAUUAUCAAUUAUUAAGACACCACAGCUGAUUCUUAAAUGCAUGGUGCAAUGAUCUCCACUAUUAUCAGUAAAAUAACAUUUAAAUUAAGUAUAUAUACACCAUGGUGGUAUUUUUUUGUACCACAUUUAUAAGCUGCUUAAGCAAAAUGUGAAUUUAAUUGUAUCACAUUACAGUACAAAAUAGUGACAAAAAACUGUCACGGAAAUGGCAAUAGGUUUCAGUUUUCUCAAGUUCUUAUUUUAGGGAAAUGUGACCUGGACAUGUUUUUAUUUCACUUGUUUGUUUUCAGUUUUUUUUUAUUAGUUGUUAUUGUGUGGAAUGUACUAUAUAUGGCCCUUAUUGUACAUAAUAAUUUUGAUUUCCUAUUACUUUAAACAGUCUGUAAGUAGCUCACAUGGCUGCGUUUGAAAUUAAAAUAUGUCUGCACCCUGAAAAUAUUCAGUCGACUUUGAUAUCUAUUGGUUUUAAUGUGAAACACAGAUUCUUUGCUUUGUUCCCUUUAGUGCCGUGUAACCUUAGUUGUGGAUAAAAUGUUUGCUUUAUUAUGUUAAUUAUCUUCUUAUCUACAGUGCCAUGUUCCUGAGAAUGAGUGUUUUUUUUAUUACAUGCUGGGUAAGCUUUAUUAUUGAUCUGGAUUAAAAUGAAGUUGACAAUAGCAAAAUGAAAGUAAAACCCUAUUUUUAACCAUUAAUUCACUUUAAUUCUCACUUCUUAUGAAAUUGUAAUUAUGUAUAGAGUUUUCUUUUAUAAUAAAAUAUGUUUGUUUGAGAAU